GUUGCGGCGCUGCAGAGCAGCCUCCGCUGUCUCCUGCCGUUGUCGCUGCCGCGCGGCCCCGGCCGCCCCCGCGCCGCCAUGCAGCAGCCCCAACCGGCCGCCGCGGCGCCAGGCAGCAGCAGCAGCGAGGGGCGGGACGCGGAGGCGGGCGCGGGCUGGCUCGGCGCGCUGCGCUUCGACAACCUGGCGCUGCGGUCGCUGCCGCUGGACCCGUGUGACGACCCGGCGCCGCGGCCCGUGCCCGGCGCCUGCUUCUCGCGCGUGCGGCCAGCGCCGCUGCAGGCCCCGCGCCUCGUGGCGCUGUCGCGGCCGGCGCUGGCGCUGCUGGGGCUGCGGCCGCCGGCGGGGUCCGAGGCCGAGAACGAGGCCGCGCUGUGCUUCAGCGGCAACCGCCUGCCGCCCGGCGCCGAGCCCGCCGCGCACUGCUACUGCGGCCACCAGUUCGGCAGCUUCGCGGGCCAGCUGGGCGACGGCGCCGCCAUGUACCUGGGCGAGGUGCUGGGCCCGGCCGGGCGGCGCUGGGAGGUGCAGCUCAAGGGCGCCGGCCUCACGCCCUUCUCCCGGCAAGCUGAUGGUCGUAAGGUCCUGCGGUCAAGUAUAAGAGAAUUCCUGUGCAGUGAGGCUAUGUUUCACCUUGGAAUACCCACAACAAGGGCUGGAACAUGUGUAACAUCUGACUCGAAAGUUAUUCGGGAUGUAUUCUAUGAUGGAAAUCCAAAACAUGAAAGAUGCACAGUUGUCCUGAGAAUAGCUUCCACUUUUAUAAGGUUUGGAUCAUUUGAGAUUUUUAAACCUAUGGAUGAACAUACAGGACGGAAGGGUCCCAGUGUCAACCGAAAUGAUAUUCGAACACAGAUGCUUAACUACGUGAUCAGUACUUUCUAUCCAGAAAUCCAGCAGGCUUAUCCUGACAACACUAUUCAGAGGAAUGCUGCUUUCUUCAGAGAGAUAACAAAGCGGACAGCAAGGUUGGUUGCUGAAUGGCAGUGUGUUGGAUUUUGCCAUGGUGUGCUGAACACAGAUAAUAUGAGCAUCGUAGGACUUACUAUUGACUAUGGCCCUUUUGGGUUUAUGGACAGAUAUGACCCUGAACACAUUUGCAAUGGUUCUGAUAAUACAGGACGCUACGCUUAUAACAAGCAGCCAGAAAUUUGCAAAUGGAAUCUAGGGAAGCUUGCUGAAGCUUUAGUCCCUGAAUUGCCCUUGGAGAUCAGCGAACUCAUUCUGGAAGAGGAGUACAAUGUAGAAUUUGAGAAGCAUUAUUUGCAGAAGAUGAGAAAGAAGCUAGGACUCAUUCAGCUGGAAUUAGAAGAAGAUAAUAAAUUGGUAUCUGAACUCCUAGAAACUAUGCAUCUCACAGGUGCAGACUUCACAAAUAUUUUCCGGUUGCUGAGUUCGUUCUCAGUAGAUUUGGAUUUUUUAAAAUUUGAGGAAUUUCUAGAAAAAAUUGCCAAUCAGUGUGCUUCCAUGGAAGAAUUGAAAGUCGCUUUCAAGCCCCAGAUGGAUCCAAGACAACUUUCCAUGAUGCUGAUGUUGGCUCAAUCUAAUCCUCAACUGUUUGCUUUAAUUGGAACAAAAGCUAAUAUAAAUGAAGAAUUAGAACGCAUAGAACAAUAUUCUAAAUUGCAGCAGUUAACAGCAGCUGACCUACUCAGCAGAAAUAACAGACAUUGGACAGAAUGGUUGGAGAAAUACAGAGCCCGCUUAGAAAAAGAAAUAGAAAACAUUAAUGCUGUUGAUACUUGGAAUGCUGAACGUGUGAAAGUUAUGAAUUCAAACAAUCCAAAAUAUAUUUUGAGAAACUACAUCGCUCAAAAUGCCAUAGAAGCAGCUGAAAAUGGUGACUUCACAGAGGUAAGAAAGGUGUUGAAGCUGUUGGAGGAUCCAUUCCAAGAGACAGAAAGUUUCAAUGAGGUACAGGAAGAGCCAGAAGAGGAAGAAAUAGUUGCUGCAGCUGCUGCUUGUGCUGAAGUGACCAGAAGCAAACCUCCAUAUUGCAGUAAACCUCCCAUCUGGGCUUCAGAACUCUGUGUCACGUGAUCUUCAUAAUCGCCUUGUUUUUGCUUUCACUGCAGAUGGAAGAUUCUGGUCUAUCUUCAGCAGUGGGGGAUCAGCAAGGCAACGGCAAAGUACUAUUAAGUCAGUGAAACAGUUCAUUUGGAUGUGCCUGCAACUACACUUUAGCAAUGCUUAUUUUGAAGCAAUCAUGGAUCAUAGGUUUAAAAGACAAUCAGCAUCCAUAUACACCAUUUGCGUAAUGAAUGACUUCCCUUUUCCUCACCAUAUUACAAGUAGAAAGUGGUGUUUCAUGUUUGGGUGCGCACAGUUUUGAACGUCCAAAUUCAACUGUUUUUAUGUGAAGACAAAAAUAACAAGUCAGAAGUCUGAUCUAUUUUUGUCUGAUGUUGACCUAAUAGUACUUCCAAAAGGUGUUUAUUGCUUUUACUAUGCAGGGAAGUUUGAUCCUCUGUAAUGGAGGAAUAGGCUCGUUACUGCUUAUUUGAAGCUAUGUUUCAUUUAAUUGACUAGUUCAUUUUUUGUGAACCUUUUGAUUGAUUUUUUUUUUUUGAGAAUUUGUGCAGGUUAGGGUUUAGGGGAAGGAACCAGAGGGUCCUUUAUUAUAAUAUGCAAUAUGAAGGCCAGAAUCAGGGGAAACUAAAUGCAUUGCACUUGAAAAUCUUGGCAGAAAAUAUUAUGCAGCUUCCAUAUGUUUGUGUAUGAUAUACACAUCUAAAUAGUUUUUUAAAAACAUUGGAUUGCAACUUGUAAGCCAAUUGACUCAAACAAGGCCGCUUAACCAAAAUUAGUUUGUUUCGUAUAAAGUACCUAAUACAAGUUCAUUAUCUGCUUAUGCAGUUGACAUGAUUUCUUCUGACAUUUAAAUUGGCAGAUAUGGGCUUAUUCGUUCUCCAUUAUUCAGCAAGAUUCUUGUAUUUCUACUUUUCCAAUGUAGUCUUCCACCCAUCACAUAUGGUCCUGACAUAUGUUAAACAUGGGAGUUGCCUUUCUAGUGUUGUUGAAGUGUGGUGCUGUCUGGGCAUAUACAAAGGAUAAACCCUCCUCCCCUCUUGCUAAUUUUAUGCAAUUUAGGUUCUGUUUUAAUAUUUUUCUUUAUAUCAAGUGAACAGCAUUUAACUCUGAGCUUUUCCUACUGAACUACCAGCCCUCAAUGUAAAGCUGUUCCUUCUUAAUACAGAGCAUUAAGGGACCUGAUGAAGUAGGUGUUUCUGACUAAGCAUAAAGCUAAUAGCAAAAAUGUCUUUUAGACAUUAAAACAGUUUUGGGCACUGUUAUAUCCUAAACUAAGUUUUUAGUCCAAAGUGUAGUAGUUGAAAUUAUUAUUUUUAAAGUAAUAUUUAAGUCACAGUUUAUUUAAAACUUAAUAUACACACAUAAUCAUGCAAAUACUAGUGGAAAAUAAAGCAAAGCAAAUUUUAAAUAAAUAUAAGUGUUUGGUGGGGAGAGAGGGGAAGGGGAGAGGGGAAGGAGUGACUGCAAGGAUAAGAAGCAGACAUCCUUAAUAAUUUUCACUUAAAAUUUUUAGCCAGCUCAUUGCUUGGAGAGUUCUCAGCCUGAACCUUAUCAUAGUAAGAUUUUUCCACCUUGUUACAAAAAGAGAAGGCUUCCCAUACCAGUAAGUAGAAGAAUGCUGAAAAUGUACAUAGUUAUUUUUUGGAAGGUUUAAAAACUGUUGGAAGUGCAUCAGGCAGGAGUGCUUGUAAAUGAAAGAAAUCAUGGCAAAGACCAGUAAUGUAAAAGUAUUAGUUAUGGAAAUUACAGGAUUUAGGGGCUGACUUAUUUCUGAAACAGCUUGUCACACUACUCCCAUUUUGCUCUUUUCCAUCUUAAAUGUUUCUCAACAACUCAUUUUUGAUGGUGCUAUGGUGGUUAUUUUGCAUAUUGGUAUCGAGACAACCCAGUUUUGGGCCACAUACAUUAAUAAAUUUAAAAAUUGCAACAGUUCGCUUGAACUUUUUAUUAAAAUAAAAUAGCCGUUACUUUUUGAACUGUAAUUUUUGGCUAGUUAUUAGCAGGUCCAAAACAUGCAAGUGCUAUCAGUAGUAAGAAAUUCUAAUAGAUUUUUUUUUCUCUACUGGUUUCAAGAACAGUACCUCUGUGGUGCAUCACUUUGAAGAUUAGCAAUACAAAAAAAAAUAAACUGAGUUUUGGGAUUUGUUCUACCUGGCUUCAGUUUAAUAUUGUUUAUAGGUAAACCACCCUUCCUGUGUUACUGUUUUUGCCUUUUUACUAUGACAUUGAGUCAAAAUAUGGGAUGCAAGAGAUUUUGAAUUUGGAGUCAUUUUAUGUAUGUUAGGAAAGAGUUCUGCCCCAAAAUGACCAUAUAAAGGUAUUGAAAAUUCUGAAAUACUGAAAAAUCAAGUAGGCUUCAUGGUGGGUAUUCAGAUAACUGUUUUGAAAAGUGUCUAAAAAUGUCUACAUACCACAGCAAAACCCUUUCCAAAGGAGAUUUAUGCAGAAAAAGAAUAAUUUCAUGUUAGAGUUGCUCUGUCUCCCCCAGUAUCACCCUUGAAAGUGCUGGGGAGCCAAGGAAAGAACCACAGUUCUAUUUCUCUGUCAGUUUAUGCCUAUUUACCAUUUGUACCCAAAGCGGUAUCCAGCCUCCCCCAAACAUAGACCCCCACAUUCAGAAUAUCCUGGUUUUUUUUGUUUUGUUUUGUUUUGUUUAGAACAAAUCUGAACAAUUUAGUGGAUGUACUUGUAUGUAGGGGUCAGCCAUGGAAAGAGGCAGUUGAGGGAAGUGCCUGAGAGAGACAUGCAGACCUGGGUAGUACUGGCUUGCAGAACAGGUUUUCCUUAAGAAAGAAUUCAAAUUUUUACAAUAGAGCAUGCAGUGUCUGAAAACUUAGAUUGCUUGUCUUGCAGAGUGCUGAAGUAACUCUGUCGACAGGGUUUAGCAUUUCCUCUCAUUCAGAUUUGUUUUGUGUUAAACUAUGUAAUCAUUGCCACGUAAAAACAAUCCCAGCCAAAAGUAAAGGGGGAGGGAGCUGGCAGUAUAAAGAUGAUUGGAAAAAAACAAUGUUUUUCCAAUCUAUCUACAUUAGAUCAGCUCUGAGAGGUAGAUGAUGAUGAUUUCCCUGCUUCUGACUAGAUUUAGAACAAAAAGAGUAGAUCAGGCUGAUCAGCAUGAAGCCAUGCGGACUGAAUUAUGCUCUUGUCUUGGAUCCAUUCCCUUUUGGAGUAAAUUCUUUCCAGGCAUUAAAGUAGAAUAUUGAGAAGGGGGAAAGCCAAGGUACUAUACUAUUUGUGGGAUCUUUUUAGGGCACUCCUGUCGAGCACAACAUUUGGUCAAAGUAUCAAAUCUAGAAUCAGAAUGAAGUCUGAGUCUUGCCUCUUAAGUUUGUCCAGGUAUCUUAUUGUGAUGCUGCUGAGAGAAGGGAUGGUCUUGUGCUAGGGCAUUCAAUUUGCAUGUGGGCUGAGUUUAUCAUCUAAAGAUGCAAUAGGUGCUCCAUAAGUACCUCCUUCCCAGUAAAAGCAAUGGAAGUUAAGUGCUUUUGAAAAAAUUCAUUAAGUGACAGAUACAGAAGCCAGUGUUAUAUUUAGGAGUCUCAUACAAAUUGGUUGCAAAUCAAGUGUCUAAAUAGGUCAAGCAUGAUAUAUGAUUUACAGCAUAUAAAUACUCAAGUGCCUAUAUGCAUCUUUAGGAAUAUAAUUACCUUCAAUAGUCACUGGGCCCAAGUUGCUUAGCAUCUUGUAUCUCAGGGUGCAGACAUUGUCUUUGUACUACCAUAACGAUUUUUAUGGUGGGACAAAGGGACAGCAAACCAACCCAUACCAUUUGUCACACCACAGAUGCCCAAAUUUGUGGUCCAUCAAAGGUGGUAAUAAUUUCUGCCACUUUAUUAUGGCAGACAUCUGUUAGCUUUAUCACAGCAGUGUGUGGGCAGCCUGGAGCUGCCCAUGCUUUUCAGCUGUCCCAGGCAGGAGCUCCCUGAGCUUCAGGGGCCUAAUUCUGCCCUCCCUAGGAAGCCCCAAUAGGGAUCAGGCCCCUCAAGCCCCAGAAGUGCUUGCCUAACUUUCUCCUCCUACAGAGCCACAUCCCAGGGAAUCAUUUUAGAUAAACACGGACUUCCCUCAGUUGUACUUUACGUUCCUGGCUAGUAUUCCUGUGAAACAGCACCUUAUUCAGGCAUAUACAGACUUCCUGGCAUAGUUGCACUAGUGCUAUAUGCAGUGCUUUCUUUUCUUUAGCAAAUAAUGCAUAUAGUUUUAAGCUGCUUUAGGUAGGAUAGGUCAAAGAGUGUAGUACCAAUACAGAGACAACAGAUAGAGCUAAGUCCUCUUGAAAGGAAAUUGUUGGCAAUUUUAUCUUUUUCUCCCUUCAAAACAAUAAUUCAGGGAAAUCCAAAUAUAGUCAGGGAUAUUAAAAUAUAACCAGUUAGUGCUGCAGCAAGCUACUAAGAGCAUGCAUUUCAUUCAUGUACGGUUAACAGUUCUAAACUAAUAACUCAGAGUCGACUUAAGGUUUCCACCUAAAGUGUGAAUAUGUCCUCAUUUGCUUGUUAAAGGAACCUUAAUGAAUGAACUUUGUGUUUUCUCUAGAUCAUACAAGACUAUUUGUUUAUUUAGUUCUGUUCUUACUAUUGUGGUGGAAACCUUGUAUUUUCAGUUUUCUUGACUUUUGCUUUCUCAACCUUCGUGGGAAUAUUUUGUCAGUGGUAUUCGUUUGACCUGGGAAGGCAGGUUAGCUACAGCAUACACUUAUUCAAACUUUCUAAAAAGUAAAUGAAGACUUGUAGUGCAGACAGAAGACGGGUUGAUUUUAUUAGCUCGUGAUUUCUAGAAUUCUCAUUUCAAAAAAGAGGAGCACUAUUGCAGCAGAGUGGUAUUAGUAACACAUAAUUCCAUCAUGGGCAUAGCAAGCGAAGGAGAUUGAGUUUGAAACUCAGUAUGUGGGAGUUUUCUGCAAGCAGGAAUUUGGCCCUAGGAACCAAGAUCCUCAAAGACUCUGCAAGUAAAGCAACUAAAUACCUUUGAGGAUCUUGGCCUCUAGUAGCAGAGUGGUCUAUGACUAGCUUACUUUGAGGUUUGCAUCCAAGUAAAAAAGGUUAUCAUCAGGUCAAAUCCUCUGCUAGUAGAGGGAAUAUAUUGUUUAUUUAAGAGCUACAUUUUCAGCUGUGGUACAGUUUAAAUUUGUACUGCAGGGCUUUGGGCUAAGACGGCCCAAAGUGAAACUAAGUCCAAACUACUCAUGAGCAGAGGUAACCUUGGAGCAGUUUGCACAGUUUACUAAUGAGAAACACUUGAAACAGGGCAAGGCUCUGGAUGCUUCUAGUAGCAUCAUCAGGCACUGGGAUUUUGCUUUUAUGAUUUAAAAUAUCAUCACAGAUCGGUGUGCAUAAGCUUGUUAAAUGUCUGGCUGCCUCACUGUGCUUUGCUAUCUAUUCAUGUUGGCUUGUUUUGGCUUAAAAAUAAGCUAUGAAUGAACUUUCUCUUUUUUUUUUUUUAAUAUAAGAAAUGUACCAAAUAAAACCACACUUUGUUUCA